UCUCACAGUUAAUCAGUUAAUCCCCCAAUCAAUCUCAGCUUCUUCCUCGUAACCGGCGACGAUGACGACAUACGGCACGAUUCCAACGUCACCACUCGAAGGAACAAAUCUCGAAUACAUAUCACGUGCAAAAACACGCAUCAUAUCCGAAUUAGGCACACGCCGUCCAUGGAAACAGAUGUUCAACCUCAACUCACUCAACUUCCCUAACGGCGUUGGAAACGCCGUUAAACGAAUCACCACAAACACCGGUUACUUCCGUAUGAACUACGUCAUCAUCAUCCUCAUAAUAUUAUUCCUCAGUCUGUUAUGGCAUCCGAUCUCGUUAAUCGUAUUCGUCGUCAUGAUGGCCGCCUGGCUGUUCCUUUACUUCCUCCGUGAUGAGCCUCUGGUUAUUUUUCACCGUACGAUUACCGAUCGUACGGUGGUGGUUGUUUUGUUUGUUGUGACGAUUGUUUUGCUGCUGUUGACUAGCGCCACGUGGAAUAUAAUUUCGUCUGUUUUGAUUGGACUGGUUGUUGUGGUGAUUCAUGCUGCUUUGAGGAGCACUGAUGACUUGUUUGAUGACGAUCGGGUUGAGACUGGUGGCUAUUUUCCGUCUUCUUCGUCGUAGAAGGUGAAAUUUACAUUUAUUAAAGGUUUGUGGUGAUUAAUUGUUUAUUUGUGAAGUUAUUAGUGAUGUUUUUGUGUUAGCUUGUUUGAUUUUUUGCAUGAUUCUUCUGUAUCUAUGACUAUAUCAUGUUUUGUGAUGGCAAACAAUUAUGAUUUUAUGAGUGACUGUGGGAACACGAAUAGUUUGUUAUGUUUU